AUGUUGUGCUUGGAGAACACAACGGAGCUUGAGGUUGCUGCUUCAUCUCGCCCGCCGCCUCCCGCUGCAGCUUUGGACGAUGAGGACACUCCUGCCUCUGCUUCCUCGACGUCUGUCAAGGGUACAUCUCUAAAGCUGAGCAAAGCUGAUCGCAAAUGUGCGGCGUCUUCUGAUCCUACUCUUGUCGUUGACCGUGGACCGAAGCGCAUCUGCCUGAACCGCGCUGAGUUCGACUUCGUUGAUCAAAUUCGAUCAGCGGAAGUCAAGCACGUUCGCCUCAUGGGCGAGGCGUUUAUCUCUGUCGCGAAUAAGCUCACAGAUAGCGGCUAUAUUCAGCUCGACUCUGAUGACGAGCUUGAGUUCGCUGACCCUAAGCUGACCGGCACGGUCCCCGAUGAAUUCUAA